AUGGCCAUGGCAAACAAUAAAACACAAUGUUUUAAAUGCAAGAAAGAGAAAAUAACAUAUUCUUGUGAAGGAUGUUCAAAAAGAUUUUGUUUUAUGGAUUUAGCUGAACAUAAACAACUAUUAAAUGAUGAACUAAAUCAUAUUAUUAAUGAUUACGACCAAUUUAAGCAAAGAAUUAAUGAGCAAAAACAAAAUCUACGAAGUCAUUCAUUAUUGAAACAAAUUAAUCUAUGGGAAAGAAAUUCAAUUGAAAUAAUUCAACAGAAAGCUCAAGAUUGUAGAAAGAUUGUCAGUAGAUAUGCACAAAGAUUUAUUAAUGAUGUUGAAAUGAAAUUCAAUGAUUUAAGUGAACAAAUAAAACAAAUUCACAAAGAAAAUGAAUUUAAUGAAAUAAAUUUAAAUUAUUUAACAAAUCAACCAAGAAAAAUUACAGAGGAAUUAAAUAAUCCAUCAAAUAUUUCUAUUCACCAAGGUUCCAAAUCAUUUAUUAGUGAAAUUUCGAUUAUUUCAUCGAUAGGUACGAUUUUAAGAAAAUCAAAAUCCAGCAAAUGGAAACAAAAUGGCAUCACUGUGGCUGGCGGAAAUGGAGAAGGACAACAAUUAAAUCAACUGAAUAGCCCUGUGGGAAUCUUUAUUGAUAAAAACAAAAAUAUUUUCAUUGCUGACUAUGCAAAUCAUCGUAUUGUUGAGUGGAAAUAUAAUGCAAAAGACGGACAUAUCAUUGCAGGUGGAAAUGGGCAAGGAAAUCGAAUGGAUCAAUUGAACUUUCCAACAGAUAUAGUUGUUGAUCAACAAAGUCAUUCGAUCGUCAUUGCUGAUAAAGGGAAUAGACGAGUGAUUCAAUGGUUUAAUCAAAAUCAACAGAUUCUCAUUGACAAUAUUGACUGUUCUUGUUUGGCAAUUGAUAAACAUAGAUUUCUUUAUGUUUCAAACUGGAAGAAAAAUGAAGUGAGACGAUGGAAACUGGAUGUAUAUAACAAUGAAGGAAUUGUAGUUGCAGGUGGAAACGGACAAGGAAGCCAACUCAGUCAAAUCAAGAAUCCUACUUUUAUCUUUGUUGAUGAAGAUCAAUCUGUUUAUGUAUCAGAUAGCAACAAUCAUCGUGUGAUGAAAUGGAGAAAAGAUGCAAAAGAAGGAAUAGUUGUGGCUGGAGGAAAUGAUCAAGGAAGAAAUCUCAAUCAAUUGUUUGCUCCUACAGGAGUAGUUGUUGAUGAUUUAGGUCAAAUCUAUGUGGCAGAUUUAGGGAAUCAUCGAAUAAUGCGUUGGUGUGAAGGAAAAGAAGAAGGUGAAAUUGUUGUUGGUGGAAAUGGUGAAGGAAAUCAAUCAAAUCAAUUGAAUCAUCCCUUUGGUUUAUCUUUUGAUGAUGAAGGAAAUCUUCAUGUCGCUGAUUCGGAAAAUCAUCGAAUUCAAAAAUUUGAAUUAAUAUUGUGA